GAUCUGUUUGGUGAAACAAUGUCGCUAUAAUUUCCAAAACACAUAGAUCUUAGAGCAAUGAGUGAUUGGGAGAACGAUUUUGACGAAGACGAGCCUAUCGUUCCUGUUGUCAAGAAGAAGUGGGACGACGAAGACGUUGAAGACGACAUCAAAGACUCUUGGGAGGAAUCCGAUGAGGAAGAGAAGCCCCAGCCCGUUGCUGCUCCCGCCAAAAAGAAGAUCCCUCUUGCACAAAAGAUUGCCGAGCGUCAGGCAGAGGAAGAGAGAAAGAAGCAGGAGUUGGAAGCUAAGCGUUCCGAGUUGGCCAACCGACAACAACCCGAAACUGACGAGGAGGCCUUCGAGCGCAAGGAACGUGAGAAGAGACUUCAGAUCGAAUCUGAUAUUCAGAAUGCCUCUGACCUCUUCUCCGGCGUUGCUGUUGAUGAUGGCUCUGAACCUCUCGAGAAGAUGAAGCCUGUCACCAAGGAGCAGUUCGAAGCCUACCAAAAGCGAUUGGUUGAGUCAAUUAGCGUCUUCUUGGAAAACUUUAUUCGUGAAUUGUGCUUACCGAUCAAGGAUCUGGAAGUGCGAAAGAUUUCCUCAACUCUUACUGCACUCGCCAAUGAGAAGCAACGUCAACAACGAGAAGCUGCCAAACCAAAGAAGAAGGGCAAGGAAAAGCCAACAUUGCAGGGUAACCAAAAGACUGCUGGUCGUCCCGAUACAGCUGCUUAUGAUAACUUUGACGAUUUCGAUGACUUUAUGUAAUUUCUACACUGCACGCCCCACAUUCUUUUCCUAAAC